CGUGUCUGGCGGAGCUUCCGGAGGCUGGGGCGGAGGGUCGCUGACGUGGAGGCUUCCGAAGGGCAGCGGGGAGUGGUGGGGCUCCGAUUAGGACCUCGGAGUCGGGUGCUUGAAGAUGCUAACCAAGUUCGAGACCAAGAGCGCGCGAGUCAAAGGGCUCAGUUUUCACCCCAAAAGACCUUGGAUCCUGACUAGUUUACACAAUGGGGUCAUCCAGUUAUGGGACUAUCGGAUGUGUACCCUCAUUGACAAAUUUGAUGAACAUGAUGGUCCAGUGCGAGGCAUUGACUUCCAUAAGCAACAGCCACUGUUUGUCUCUGGAGGAGACGACUAUAAGAUUAAGGUUUGGAACUACAAGCUUCGGCGCUGCCUUUUCACAUUGCUUGGGCACUUAGAUUAUAUCCGCACCACAUUUUUUCACCACGAGUAUCCAUGGAUUCUGAGUGCCUCAGAUGAUCAGACCAUCCGAGUGUGGAACUGGCAGUCUAGAACCUGUGUCUGCGUAUUAACUGGGCACAACCAUUACGUGAUGUGUGCUCAGUUUCACCCCUCAGAAGACCUGGUGGUAUCAGCAAGCCUGGACCAGACUGUUCGCGUUUGGGAUAUUUCUGGUCUAAGGAAAAAAAACCUGUCCCCUGGUGCGGUGGAGUCCGACGUGAGAGGAAUAACUGGUGUUGAUUUAUUUGGAACCACGGACGCAGUGGUGAAGCACGUCCUGGAGGGUCAUGAUCGUGGAGUAAACUGGGCUGCCUUCCACCCCACCAUGCCUCUUAUUGUAUCUGGUGCAGACGACCGUCAAGUGAAAAUCUGGCGCAUGAAUGAAUCAAAGGCGUGGGAGGUCGACACCUGCCGUGGCCAUUACAACAAUGUAUCCUGUGCUGUCUUUCACCCUCGUCAAGAGCUGAUCCUCAGCAACUCUGAGGACAAGAGUAUCCGAGUCUGGGAUAUGUCUAAGCGGACUGGGGUUCAGACCUUCCGCAGGGACCAUGAUCGUUUCUGGGUCUUAGCUGCCCACCCCAACCUUAAUCUUUUUGCAGCAGGCCAUGAUGGUGGCAUGAUUGUGUUUAAGCUGGAACGGGAACGGCCCGCCUAUGCAGUGCAUGGCAAUAUGCUGCAUUAUGUCAAGGACCGCUUCCUCCGUCAGCUGGACUUCAACAGCUCCAAAGAUGUAGCCGUGAUGCAGUUGCGGAGUGGUUCCAAGUUUCCAGUGUUCAACAUGUCAUAUAAUCCAGCAGAAAAUGCAGUCCUGCUCUGUACGAGAGCCAGUAACUUAGAGAACAGCACCUACGACCUGUACACCAUCCCCAAGGACAGUGACUCCCAGAGCCCCGAUGCCCCUGAAGGGAAACGAUCCUCAGGCUUGACAGCCGUUUGGGUUGCUCGGAAUCGGUUUGCUGUCCUAGAUCGGAUGCAUUCGCUGCUGAUCAAGAAUCUGAAAAAUGAGAUCACCAAAAAAGUACAGGUGCCGAACUGUGAUGAGAUCUUCUACGCCGGCACAGGCAACCUCCUGCUUCGCGAUGCAGACUCCAUCACUCUCUUUGAUGUGCAGCAGAAGCGGACCCUGGCAUCUGUGAAGAUUUCCAAGGUGAAAUAUGUCAUCUGGUCAGCAGAUAUGUCCCAUGUGGCACUACUGGCCAAGCAUGAGCACUCAUGCCCUUUGCCUCUUACAGCCAUUGUGAUCUGUAACCGCAAGCUGGAUGCUCUGUGUAACAUUCAUGAGAACAUUCGUGUCAAGAGUGGGGCCUGGGAUGAGAGUGGGGUGUUUAUCUAUACCACAAGCAACCACAUCAAAUAUGCUGUCACCACUGGGGACCACGGGAUCAUCCGAACUCUGGAUUUACCUAUCUAUGUCACACGAGUGAAGGGCAACAACGUGUACUGUCUAGACAGGGAGUGUCGUCCUCGAGUCCUCACCAUCGAUCCCACCGAGUUCAAAUUCAAGCUGGCCUUAAUCAACAGGAAGUAUGACGAGGUGUUGCACAUGGUGAGGAAUGCCAAGCUGGUCGGCCAGUCCAUCAUUGCCUACCUCCAGAAGAAGGGCUAUCCUGAGGUGGCACUGCACUUUGUCAAGGAUGAGAAAACUCGCUUUAGUCUGGCAUUGGAGUGCGGAAACAUUGAGAUUGCUCUGGAAGCAGCCAAAGCCCUGGAUGACAAGAACUGCUGGGAAAAGCUGGGAGAAGUGGCCCUGCUACAGGGGAACCACCAGAUUGUGGAAAUGUGCUAUCAACGCACCAAAAACUUUGAUAAACUUUCCUUUCUGUACCUAAUCACUGGAAACCUGGAGAAACUUCGAAAGAUGAUGAAGAUUGCGGAGAUACGGAAGGACAUGAGUGGCCACUAUCAGAAUGCCCUGUACCUGGGUGAUGUGUCGGAGCGGGUGCGGAUCCUGAAGAACUGUGGGCAGAAGUCCUUGGCCUAUCUCACAGCUGCUACCCAUGGCUUAGAUGAAGAAGCUGAGAGCCUGAAGGAGACUUUUGACCCAGAGAAGGAAACAAUCCCAGACAUUGACCCUAAUGCCAAGCUACUCCAGCCACCUGCUCCCAUUAUGCCACUGGACACCAACUGGCCCUUACUAACUGUGUCCAAAGGGUUCUUUGAAGGCUCCAUUGCCAGCAAGGGGAAGGGAGGAGCCCUGGCAGCUGACAUUGACAUCGACACUGUUGGUGCCGAGGGCUGGGGAGAGGAUGCGGAGCUGCAGCUGGAUGAAGAUGGGUUUGUGGAGACUACAGAAGGUUUGGGGGAUGAUGUUCUUGGCAAAGGACAGGAAGAAGGAGGUGGCUGGGACGUAGAAGAAGACCUGGAGCUUCCUCCUGAGCUGGAUGUGCCCCCCGGGGCUGCUGGUGGGGCUGAAGAUGGGUUCUUUGUGCCUCCAACCAAGGGGACAAGCCCAGCUCAGCUCUGGUGCAAUAACUCUCAGCUUCCAGUGGAUCACAUUCUAGCAGGCUCUUUUGAAACAGCAAUGCGUCUUCUUCAUGACCAGGUAGGAGUAAUCCAGUUUGGCCCCUACAAGCCGCUGUUCCUACAGACAUAUGCACGAGGCCGUACCACAUACCAGGCUUUGCCCUGCCUGCCCUCCAUGUAUGGCUAUCCUAACCGCAACUGGAAGGAUGCAGGGCUGAAGAAUGGUGUACCAGCUGUGGGCCUGAAGCUGAAUGACCUUAUCCAGCGGUUGCAGCUGUGCUACCAGCUCACCACAGUUGGCAAGUUUGAGGAGGCUGUGGAAAAAUUCCGUUCCAUCUUGCUCAGUGUGCCACUUCUUGUAGUGGACAAUAAACAGGAGAUUGCAGAGGCCCAGCAGCUCAUCACCAUUUGCCGUGAGUACAUUGUGGGCUUGUCCAUGGAGAUAGAGAGGAAGAAGCUGCCCAAAGAAACCCUGGAACAGCAGAAGCGCAUCUGCGAGAUGGCAGCCUACUUCACCCACUCGAACCUGCAGCCCGUGCACAUGAUCCUGGUGUUGCGGACAGCCCUCAAUCUCUUCUUCAAGCUCAAGAACUUCAAGACGGCUGCCACCUUUGCACGGCGUCUGCUAGAACUUGGACCUAAGCCUGAAGUGGCUCAGCAGACCCGAAAAAUCUUAUCUGCCUGUGAGAAGAACCCCACGGAUGCCUGCCAGCUCAAUUAUGACAUGCACAACCCCUUUGACAUCUGUGCAGCAUCUUAUCGGCCCAUCUACCGUGGGAAACCAGUGGAGAAGUGUCCACUCAGCGGGGCCUGCUAUUCCCCUGAGUUCAAGGGCCAGAUCUGCAGGGUCACUACCGUGACAGAGAUUGGCAAAGAUGUCAUCGGUCUAAGGAUCAGUCCUCUGCAGUUUCGCUAAGGGCUCCUUUGUGUGUGUGGGUCAGUCACCACAUUCUUCCCCAGAGGAUUCGUCUCUAUAGCCACCUCCUACCACCUCCUCCCCCA